AAGAUGGUACUCACCAAUCCAACAAGAUUCAAUGAGAUAUAUAAACUACUCAAGAAUGAUUCAAUACAGGGAGAGACAGUAUUAGUAUUGGUAGCACGUGAUUGUGACUCUAUAGCUGCAUGCAAGAUAUUCACUGAUAUACUCAAGUCUGAUUUGAUAUCAUUCAAUAUCAAGCCAGUUGCAGGAUUGGAUGAUCUUAUCGAUGUAAACAAUACAUUGAUGUUGGAUAAUGAAGAGCUCAAGACAAUUGUAAUGAUAAACUGUGGAGGUAACAUUGAUAUAGAGUCAUUGCUUACCAAUCUGAAUGAGAACCAAUUGGUCUAUAUCAUUGACAGUCACAGACCAUAUCAUCGUAGUAAUGUGGACAAUCAGAAUCAUGUGAUCAUCAUUGACGAUGGAUCAUUCAUGGAAGAGCAGAUUGAUGAAGAGGAUGAUGAUGAACUUCAAGAUGAAGAGGACUUAGAUGAUGAUGAAGAGGAAGACUUGGAUGAUGAGGAUGAUGAAGAGGAAGAUGAAGUCGAUGAUGAAGAACAGGACAAAGAACCAGAGGAUGAUGAUUAUGAUGGUGAGGCAGUAAUAGAUGAGAAUAGUGAAGGCAAGAGAAAGAGGAGUGAUAAGAGAAAGAAACUCAAGAGGAAGAAGGAUAAUACACCAGUGAAGGAGAGGCGUAGGAGGGCAGCGGCAGCAAGAUCACAUUCGCGAAAGUCACGCACCACUCAAUCAUACUAUGGCAAGAGUUCGGCAUCCAUGAUGUAUCAACUCAGCACAAUUCUCAGCAAGGACUCAUUGGACGGCCUGCUCUGGUACGCCAUCCUGGGCGUGACCGAUCAGUUGGUGCACGAGCGUGUGCCCCUGCUCAACUAUGACAUUGAGUACAAGAUGCUCAAGGCGCUCGUGCUCAACGCCUACGACCCCAACGACAAGUCUGGACAGGGUGACCACAUCACCGUGGCCGAGGACUACCGCUUCAUGCUGUAUCGCCACUGGAACCUCUACGAGAGCAUGUACCACUCCAAGUACGUGUCAUGUGUGCUGCGUCUGUGGCGCGCCAAGGGAAAGUACCUGCUGGAGACGCUGUUUGCGCUGAUGGGUCUGCCACUGGAGCAGGUCAAGCAGAAGUACGUCUCAAUGAGUGGCCACUACAAGACCAAUCUCAAGGCACAGCUGGCGACACACGCGCCAAAGUUUGGCCUGAAUGAGAUCUACUACCGAUCAUUCGUUCGCAAGUAUGAGUGCUCAAUUGAGCUGUCCGCCUCAGACAUGGUUCACGCCUUGACGGCCCUAAUGGAGUCUGACAAUCUCGAAAGCGACGUUACCGACAAAGAGAUAUGGGAGCAGAACUUCUGGGAUGCCUAUGAUGCCCUCUCAAACCGCAACUUGGACCUGUUGGUCGAGGGUCUGAAACAGGCUAUAUACCUACAGAAGGAGAUCACGAGACAGUUGUUCAGUGUGAUUGAGAAGAAGAUUGUGGUGAUGUCAGGACCAUUCAGAUACGCUCUGUUGCCAGAGGGUUCGGACACUAGACUCUUUGUGCACCCAAUGGCACUUACCAAAUUGGGACUGUAUAUAAUGGAUGCCUAUGCGACGAUGAAGAAGAAGACCAAACCAUUCCUUGUUGGUGCAUUGAAUGAGAACACUGGCAAUUAUCUCUUGGUUGGUAUCUCUAGCUCACAUGGUAGCUCAUCCAAACAAGCAAACGUGUUUGGUGUAAAUUUCUUAAAGGUUGCCAGCUCGACCAACUCAUUGCUCAAGUACCAGUCGUUCGACACUGCUGUUGUGGAGAUUGAGAAGUUGGAUAUGCCAAAGUUUAUUGAGAAUCUACAUGCAAGUCUGGUAUCGCCAUCUUCUCAAGGACAAGAG